UUUUGGCGUCGGCUCAACUUUUCUGCCACGACACACCACUCUGUCUAUCGAACGUCUUUUCUCAAUUGUUUACAAAUAGACAAUGGAGUUCCUGUCAAAAUACUCGGACUGUCUGUCCAACUGGCAGUUCAGUGUGGCCCCUGGCCCACAGGCUGUGGCUGCGUUUGGGCUGCUGUCUACCGGUGCUUUCUACAUUGUCUGGAAGGCGUUGACAUUUAUUCGCGUUAUUCUGAGUCUUUUUGUGCUUCCUGGAAAGCCGCUCCGCUCGUUCGGUCCCCAAGGCAGCUGGGCCGUGAUCACCGGAGCAUCCGAUGGCCUAGGAAAAGAAUUCGCCCUACAACUCGCCCGCUCCGGCUUCAAUAUCCUCCUCGUCUCCCGCACCGCCUCGAAACUAGCCACCCUGGAAGAUGAAAUUAAAGCCAAGAACCCCUCCGUGCAAACCAAGAGCGUGUCGAUGGACUAUGCCCAGAACAACGACGCCGACUACGAGAACCUCAAGGCGGCCAUCGAUGAACUCGACGUUGCAGUCCUGGUCAACAACGUUGGAAAGUCCCACAGCAUCCCCGUCCCCUUCGCCCUGACCCCCGAGGAUGAAAUGAACGACAUCAUCACCAUCAACUGCACGGGUACCCUGCGCACCACGCAACUCGUCGUCCCGGGAAUGGCCCAGCGCAAGCGCGGCUUGGUCCUGACCAUGGGCUCCUUCGGCGGUCUCCUCCCCACCCCGCUCCUGGCCACGUACUCCGGCAGCAAGGCCUUCCUGCAGCAGUGGUCGACGGCCCUGGGCGCAGAGCUCGAACAGCACGGUAUCACAGUCGAACUCGUGCAGGCGUAUCUGAUCACAUCGGCCAUGUCGAAGGUACGCAAGACCAGUGCUACGAUUCCGGACCCCCGCGCAUUUGUCAAGUCUGUUCUGGGUAAGAUUGGACGGAAUGGUGGGUCGCCGGGAUAUGCGUAUAGCUCGUCGCCGUACUGGAGUCAUGGGUUGAUGGCGUGGUUUUUGACCUGUGUUGCUGGCGUUAUGAAUAAGACUGUGCUUGGGCAGAAUAAGGGCAUGCAUGAGUCGAUUCGGACACGGGCGUUGCGCAAGGCGGAGCGCGAGAAGGGGAAGAAGGCUACUUAGGUGUGAACAGAUGCAGGUGCCAUGUGGUACUAGUACAAUAUGAGUGGGGAUGACAGCAAUAACCGAUUGAUGAGUUAGGAUUGUUGAAUGUAUUCUAGCUAAUGUGCGAUUUAUCUUCAACGAAAUGCCAACGUUUGAUGAAGCAACAAUUCAACCACUAUAAUGGCAAGUGAUGGAUCCAUGGCAGUGAUUGACCAUGAGAUCAUGGUAAACCCUCCACCCAAUAAUCAAGACCGGUAUAUUUAUAUAGAGCCAAGGACAUCACACUAAGUGAAUACCAACCAUAAGUCAUUGGAGUGGUUCUGUGUCUGCC